UUUGUGCUACCGCCAAGCUCGUCUCGGCUCUACUUGCACUGAAAAGCUGUAUUUUACUGACGCGUUGUUAAUGUCGUGAUAACGAUUCAACGAGAAGCUGUGUGUCGCGCACGAUAGCGCGGUUAGUUUAUUUUGAUAAUUCGCAAUAUUGUUGAUACUUGGUAACCGGGUUUUUACAAUAUUUACUUCACAAAUAGUGCAAUGCCGGAGUCGCCAUUUUGGUGAUACGUCGAGUCCGACCUAACUAUUGCACUUAUGAUCUUUUUAUUUUCACGCGAAUUUCAGUCCGCUUACGGGAUCAUAUUUGAUACCUUCGAUAUCCAGAAGCAUCAGUGAUGACCCAGCAAAAUAAAACGAUGAAUUUCUUGAUACACGACGCAAAUGGCCAACCACAAGUUAUUAAAGUGGUUCCGAGCACGCCGAAUAAAGCACUAACUGGGCUUGUUAGCACCACAAAUUCCGGGAGUUUGAAGGUAUUCAAGACACCUGGCCAAGAUACCCAAGUCUUGUCCAGUGGGACACAAGUACUGAGAACCAUCAGUUUGCAAGGUUCUUCAACACCUGGUCAGCGCUUAGUUACCAUCCCUGUACAAAGUGCAAAAAUGUCAUCUGUAAAAGCUGGGGAAUCUGUAGUGACAAAAACAAUACAACUUACAACUGCUCGAAUGAAUGAUUUUAAACAAGCGUUGGUAUCCCAGCCUCAACAACAGGCCAGCAGUCAACAGCAGAUUGUCAAAGAUCAAUCUGGAAAGACUUUCAUCAGCCCCAUUUUGGAUCACAGUGGUUCGAGGAAACGACAGGAUGUCGAGAGCAGCGAUUUUACCCCAGAGUACAAACGGAGAAAAACAGAAAAAGUUGGAAAGGGCCUUCGCCAUUUCUCUAUGAAAGUCUGUGAAAAAGUGAAAAAGAAAGGUACGACAUCAUAUAAUGAAGUUGCUGAUGAAUUAGUUGGCGAAUUCACCAACCCUGCGCACAUAAAUUCGUUAACUGAUCAGCAGUACGAUCAGAAAAAUAUUAGGAGACGUGUAUAUGAUGCAUUGAAUGUAUUGAUGGCAAUGAAUAUAAUCUCCAAGGAGAAGAAGGAGAUAAGAUGGUUGGGUUUGCCCACAAAUUCGUUGCAAGAGUGUUUGUCGUUAGAAAAAGAUAAGAAAAAGAAAAUAGAGAGAAUCAAAGCCAAAACUCAGCAGCUGCAUUCGUUAAUUUUGCAGCACAUAUCGUACAAAAAUUUAGUUGAACGCAACCAUAAAAACGAGAAUUUUCAUGGACCACCUAAACCUAAUUCUGCUAUACAGUUGCCAUUCAUAAUAGUUAAUACCAGUAAGAAAACUGUUAUUGAUUGCAGUAUUUCAAACGACAAAACCGAGUACCUGUUUAAUUUUAAUGAUAAGUUUGAGAUCCAUGAUGACAUUGAAGUUCUGAAAAGAAUGGGUUUAGCCUUUGGCCUUGAGAAAGGAGAAUGUACUGAUGACGAUUUACGGAAAGCAAAAACUAUGGUACCAAAGUCCCUUGAAAAAUACGUUGAGCAAUUGGCCUCUGGGGAUUUGGAAAGAUUCAUUCCUGUUACAAUUCCUGGGCCGAGUACAUCGAUGGAUGAACUGGAAAUAAAAUUAGAGGAAUCUGGAUCUCGGCCACCUUCUUCUUCUCGUACCUCUCUCUCGGAAGAUCCUUUGUCUCCACCUUCCCAGUUUUUCUCUGAGGAAGAAGAUGAAGAAGAAGAAAGCGACCAGGACGAUCAAGUCGACAGUGAUCUUGAGGCUAACUAGCAUAUCCAUUCAUUAUCCUCUUAACAUAUUUGGUAACCACGAAAUUGGGCUUGCGGUGUCGUUUGAAUUACACAAACGUAAAAUCAUUUUUAUAGAAACUGAAUUAUUGCAUCACCAGGUGCUUUGUAUUAUUAUUGCGCCACGUUGCCGAAAUCGUUGGAUGCAACGGAUUGAUUAUACAGUGAUUGAAUUUUCAUGCCUUCUCACUGAAAUGGAGUCUCAUACCUUACUUGGUUGGCUAAUUUUUGCUGACGAAAUGAUCGAGACAAUAUCAAGGAAUACAUCUUAACAUCGCCGAAACAAUCUAUUUUGGCUGUAGGAAGACUUCAGAAUUACAUUCAUGUUUCAAAACAGCUGAAAUUAAAUUUUAUAUUACUGGAAGGUAUAUCGUGUUGCAGGUUGAGAAGUGUAAUGAACUAAUAACAGCGAGUAGGGUACAUGUCACUUUCUUUCUUUUAUGGAAUAGCAUAAGGCUAAUGCGUAAACGUCCGUAAAUUGUAUUUCAUGCCACUUUGAUUGUUAUUGCUCGGAUACGAAAGCGACGAGUUAGCUAACCGACGUGCACAGGGACUGAAAUUCGGUGCUAUUUUAAUCAUGCGUCGUGUCGUGAAUUUAGACACUUUAGAAUGUAUGUACUAUAAAUAACACAAUUAUAAUCUUACAUUAAUAUUAUUACAUGUAUAAAAUAUAUCUAUACCACUCAUUUUCUUAUGGCACGUUUAUGAUAUCUGUGGUUCACAGCAGGACGCAAUAUAGCAAAGGAAUACAGAGAGAGGUCUAACUAAUUUGAAGUGAAUAAAUUGUGAAAUUAUUACAAGUGACUGUAUAUUUUUUUUUUUCUUCAAUUCAAGUUUUAAUACAUUUUUAUUAUUUCUGUGUAACUUUACUAUUCCGGAUAUAGAAUGCCAAAUUUUUAUUUGAGCGCAAUUUUUUCCGUUAGAAAACAUCUUUAAUUCACUUGAUAUGGAAAAUUCAUUAAACUUUAAAAGAUUAUUUGUAGAAAUUUAUUUUAUGCAUACUGCUGUAUCGAUUUUGCGUAUUUUAUUGAAUUAGUCUUUUACCCAAAAUAGGAAUUUAUGUUGCAGUUCCAGUAAUACAAAGUAAUCAUUAGCUACUUAUUAAUAAUUAAUAUUCUUCAGUUUAGAAAUUGUUAUUAUUAACAGGAUUAAGUGUGAUACGAUUAUUUAGAAAUAGGUAUUUACGUAAUUUCUCUUAUUUCAGAAAUAUUUCAACUCUUCGUUCCAUUAAUGAGCAUCUUGUAAAUGUUUAACAUGGCUCAAUGCGAAUUUUGUUUUUGGAUCGAAAAAAUAUUUUUGAAUAAUAUAUAAUAAUUGCAAUCUAUGAUUAGGUUUGUAAAUGAUUUUAGAGGUCAGCUACCUACAAACAUGUGUUACUGACAGUAACUGAUCUGAUACUGAAUAUGUAUAAUGAGGAUAGGGUCUGUAAAGCAGCAUCUUCGGAUAUAUGUCAAAAAAGUGUAUCUUGUACACAAUAAUUAUUACAACAUUUCACAAAUAGCUGGAUUAAUUGAAUGAUUGUAAAUAAAUUUGGACCUCUCAUUUA